AUGGAGUCGGCCCAACAAAACACCGCCCCACCCGUCGAGGCCGAGGACAAGGAGGCGCGCAUCAACCGCAACCCACACGCCGACUUUGCCGCCGUGGAGGCCGGGCGGCCCGACUAUCCGCACUCGCAGGCCUGGAGCUGGACAAAAUGUCCCGACCCGAAAUGGCGGGCAGGCGAUGGGGCUGGCAGCGGUAGUAACCAGCAGCAGCAGCAGCACUGGCGGGACCGGAGAUGCGUGACCAUCGACCCGGCGCAGAGGCCAGUGGUGCUCAACUACAAGCUGCACGUGUCGACGACGGUGCCGCGGCCCAUUGCGCUGGUGGGCACGGUGGACGGCGAGGGGAGGCCGAACCUGGCGCCUUUUUCGUACUGGCAGAAUGUGACGAUGGAUCCGCCAACGUACUCCAUCUCGUUUGUAGGCGAGACCCCCGGCGACACGCUCAGCAACAUCCUCGCGACGGGCGAGUGCACCAUCAGCAUGACGAGCGACUGGGUCCUGGAAGCCAUGAACAUGGCGUCGGUCAACGCGCCGCCGGGCGUGUCGGAGUGGGCACUGUCGGGGUUGACGCCGCGCGCGUCCGAGUCGGUGAGGCCGGCGUCGGUGCUCGAGUCGCCCUUUGCGGCAGAGUGCAGGCUGCACUCGCACCACGACAUCAAGGGCGUCCGCAACGGCGGCAAGACCACGGCCACGCUCGUGCUGCUCGAGGUCGUCCGCUGGCACGUCUGGGAGGAUGUGCUGGGUGAGGAUGGCUGCUCGGUCGAUCUCGAAGUCAUGAGGCCGGUCUGGCGGGCCGGUGGGAUCGUCUAUGGGACUUGUUUCUCCGGGUUCGAACUGCCCAGGCCGGAGGCGUUUAGGGUGUUGAGGUUGGAUGAGAGGAUCAGGCGGCUGGUGGGCGAGGGUGUUGGUGUACGUGAAGGGUGA